AUGCGGCAGCUGAGCUCUGUGGUGCCGCUGCUUCUGAGCUCUGUGAUCGCUGCGAGUUUUGGGCAAGUGUGCGAUAAUGGCUGGGUGUUUCCAAGCAUUACCACUCAUUAUGAACCAGAGCAUGGAGGGGUUGUUUUCUUGUACCAUCCCUGUGUUCACCCCAAGCUGAAAAAAGCACUUGUCCAUGGAGCUCGCUCCUGCGUAUACAAGCACAUAAUCACCCCUCACAUGAACCUUUCAACUGAACGUUUUACAGGAACGGCCUUUAAUACUUGGCCUAUUACUGACAUUGGUGGUUUUGCUCCUCUUGCCCUGGUCACCUGGGGCUCCACUCUGGAGAUGUCACAUAUAGAUCUCUGUGAAGUUAGAAACUGGCUAACGGCCAACAUGGACAGAACUAGAGAACGAGAAAUGGACAUGGAUGGUUCGGAUCAGGACUUGCUUGUCCGGCCAUCGUCAGUGUUCUUUGAUAAACAUGACAAGAAGCUUUGCCCCAAAGUUUGCUGCCAGGUUCACGUAAAAUUAGAUCCGUCUGGUGUGUCCGAAAAAAAAGAUUACCUUGUAGAUCCAGAUGGAAGCCGUUAUAUGGAGAGCAAUGUUUCUGCUUUACUACCAGAAUCCACCUUCAUGAAUAUUUCCAAAGGCUCACCUGACAUGAACUUGAAUUCUCCAACUGUACAGAGCAGGAACACAUCCAAUGAUCUAGGGGGCAGCCAGACUGUGCCAUCUCCAACUUCCAUGCAAAAAGAGUCAGGCGCUUCGACAACCCACAACAAUAGCAUUGCAGGAAAAACUACUGUUGAGGGCCCAGGUACUGCAACAACCACCCAACAAGAAUAUAAGAUUCCUGAGCCUCCUGUGGGCCUUUCAUCUACUACUGCUACCAAACCAACUGCUACCGUUAUAGAAGAAAAAGAAGAGUGCAGUUGCAAGCACGAGCCAACAAAAGAGGCAUCGGCUGCAGCACAGAAGGCUUCUGGUGUUGGACAAAUAAAAGCCUCAGAUUUGUUUGUGUCUACCCCACGAACAGAGGAGGCAGCAUGGGCAGCUGCAUGUCUCACUUUCCUAUUUGUGUUGUUGACUUUGUCUGUUUUGUACACACAACUCUACAAGAAGUUCCGCAAGAGCCAAAGUCUGUAUUGGCCCCCAGAAGGAAUUGCAGCUGAGACAGAGACUGUGGCUUCUGUUGUUAAGAGGAGGCUGAUGCCAGGUCACUCCAAGAGGAAGAAGUGGAUUAAACACAAGAAAACACCAGUGCUUCUAUAUGAAAGUUUACGUGAGAGUUCAGAGUAG